AACCGACUUGGCCAGUAAUAAAUAUUACAUUGGUUAUUAUAUAAAAACACAUAUGCGUGCCUCGUCUUAUUUUAUCGGUUUGUUGACUGGUUAUGUCGUGCAUAUUAUGCAGGAGCGAGGCACAAAACUACGCUCUUUGGUUGUACGCCUCGCUUGGUUUAUUUCGACUUUGAUCGGCGUUGCAGCCAUGUUCUCCAUAUGCCGGUUCUACCGGAGUCCAUAUACAUACGUAGAGAGUUUUCUUUAUGCCGGAUUUCAUAAAUUAGCUUGGAAUUUAUCGGUGGCGUGGUUGGUGAUGGCAGCAACAACAGGCCACGCCGGCUGGUUGCGUAAUUUCCUAAGCAGUCGCUUCUUCGCACCCAUCAGUAGACUUACCUAUUGCGCUUAUUUGUCGAAUGGCAUAGUGGAGUUAUAUCACUCGUCGAGUCAGCGUUAUGCCACCCAUCAGUCCUAUGUGAACUUGGAGAACGACAUGUUUAGUCACACGAUAGACACAUUCGUUUUAGCCUUUGUGCUUUGCCUACUUUUUGAAUCGCCCAUACAUGCCUUGGAGCGGAUAUUGUUGCGGAAAGCGGGACGUCCUGAGAAACGCACAUCGUCCACGGAAAAUCGAAGUCCUAGCACGUCAGAGGAGCAGGUGGCGUAACGAAGUAGUUAAAUACUCUAAAUACAAAAAUAAAUGGUUUUCUACUCAAUUUUUUUUUUUUUUAUAAAUAUUUUAUAGUACAUAGUUCUAAGUAAGUAUGAUAGAUACUCUUACUAUGUAUUUUAUGACAUACAUAUAAUAUUUUGUGAUGAUUACAUAGCGUUUAAUUUUGAUUUUUAGGAUUUUAUACAAACACACAUGAGAAAUAUUCAUAUGUACAUUUGUACAUAAAUACUAGGGCUGUGCGAUUAUUCGAUUACUCGACCAAGGUGGUUACUCAGUUUUCCGGUUAAUCGAUUACUCGAUU